CAAAGUUUGGGGCUAACCUCAAAAUGUACACACAGUCUAACAGUAGGGGUCAAAUGUAAAUAAACAGUGCAAACUGCUGUAUUAAUAGUAAAAAAAUAAUACUUUGUAAUCACAUAAUGAUUUAUAAAAUCAUGCUGUAAAUUUUUAUUAUAUAAGCAUAAUGUCGAAUUCCUAUGGAAGCACAUACUACAGUGAAGCUUACAAUAAUAAAGAACACCAACAAAAUCUCAAGUACAAAAAAAAAUACAAGAAAAUAAAAGAACUGAUUAAAAAUACUGUAAUCGAAAAUGCUGCAUUAUGUGAUCAAGUUGCUCAAAUGCAGGAAAAUCUUGUUGUUGUCAAAGAAGAAAGACUUAUGCUUUUAAAAAGACUAUGUCAAUUACAAGGUGAAAUAGAUCCGGCAACUUUAUUGGCUAAAUCGCAAGGGACUUCCAGCUCACCGGUACCAACUUCUGAUGCAUUCACUCCCAAAAAGAAUGUGAAAAAACGGAAUAGUGUUGAGACUCCUGACACUAAAAAUAAACCAAAGAGAUGUAAUAAAACUAUGCGCAAAGUUGUUCAGUUAAUACCACUGGAUAUUCAUGGAAGACCUAUAUUUCCUAUUUCAUUGGGUGAUUUAACCGUGUAUUCACUUGGUGAUGUAGUUGCUGAUCGCAUUGCUUAUCACACAGAAGACCUUAUAUAUCCAGUAGGUUAUUGCAGUACAAGAGUUUAUGCUAGUUUGAAAGAUGCAAGAAUGAAAAGCUUGUAUACUUGUAAAAUUUUAGAUGGUGGAAUUAAACCAAGGUUUGAAAUAGUUUCAGAUACAGAACUUGAUCAACCAUUAGUAGGGUCAAGUCCUGAUGAAUGUCAUUCAAGAUUGCUCACAGCUAUAUCUCCCAGCUUGAAUUCUAUUUCACCAAAAGGGGCUGAUUUCUUUGGAAUAUCUCAUCCUACAAUUCAAAAUCUCAUACAAAGUUCACCUGGUACUCGUAAACUUUCUAUUUACAAACCACAAAAAUUUGAGAUUAGCAAAAAUUCUACAGAUAGAGAUACCAGUCCGAUCACCGAAGAAGAAACUGAUCCUGGCUUAGGAUUUGCAGCAUUGCAUAGGCAUUAUGCUCUUUCUUCUACAUAUGCAAUCAAACAAGAGCCGGCAAACCGUGAAUUAUUGAAUUUUCAAGAGCUCCUUUCUUAAAUACUGUACAAACCUAAUGUAAUAUUUAUAGUAAUAAUAGUACAAUUAACUUUAAGUAAUGUGAAAGUCUGAAGGUGUAAAAUAAAAAUACGCUUAAUGUUUAUACGCAAUUCAUAGUAUAUAAAACAUUUAUUAUUUUUCAUAA